AUGGAGCUCUCUACUUCUUCUUCAUAUUCACAUUCUUCCAUAAUCCCCACACUGAAUUCCACUUCCCACUACUCUUUGAAACCACCCACUUCUCUCAAGUCCACAACCUCCAAACACCUUCGUUCAAUUGGGAUUUACCAUCAUCAUCAUCACACAAGUUCCACAACUUAUGUUUCAAAAUCAAAGAAACAACACAGACCUAUUUCCGUCAGGGCCGGCAGUGAUGUUGGAGCUGCUGGAUCCGAUCGUCCAUUUGUUGACAAAGUUUUAGAUUUGAAAGAUGCAUUCUGGAGAUUUUUGAGGCCACAUACUAUACGUGGUACAGCACUAGGAUCCGCUGCUUUGGUGUCAAGAGCGUUGAUCGAGAACUCAAAUAUGAUAAAGUGGUCUCUUUUGCUGAAAGCAUUCUCUGGUCUUUUUGCUCUGAUUUGUGGGAACGGUUAUAUAGUUGGCAUCAAUCAAAUAUAUGACAUUAGCAUUGACAAGGUAAACAAGCCUUAUUUACCUAUAGCUGCCGGAGAUCUUUCUGUCCAAUCUGCAUGGUUCUUGGUCAUAUUUUUUGCAGCAGCUGGCCUAUUGAUUGUAGGAUUGAACUUUGGACCCUUUAUUUUUUCUCUUUACUCCUUUGGCCUUUUUCUCGGUACUAUCUAUUCCGUUCCUCCACUUAGGAUGAAACAGUUUCCAGUCGCAGCAUUUCUUAUUAUCGCUACGGUACGAGGUUUUCUACUUAACUUUGGCGUGUACUAUGCUACUAGAGCUGCUCUUGGACUUGCUUUUGAGUGGAGCUCUUCUGUGGUUUUUAUCACAACUUUCGUAACAUUUUUCGCAUUGGUAAUUGCUAUAACAAAAGAUCUUCCAGAUGUUGAAGGAGAUCGUAGGUAUCAGAUAUCGACCUUUGCUACAAAAUUAGGAGUUCGGAACAUUUCUUUCCUUGGUGCUGGAAUUUUGCUAAUGAACUAUGUUGUUAGCGUAUUGGCAGCAAUUUAUAUGCCACAGGCUUUCCGGCAAUGGUUGCUGAUUCCAGCUCAUACAAUUUUUGCAUCAAGCUUGAUUUACCAGGUGCGGAUAUUAGAAAAAGCAAAUUAUACAAAGGAAGCAAUAUCAGAAUUUUAUAGAUUCAUAUGGAACCUGUUCUAUGCUGAGUAUGCUUUAUUUCCUUUCAUCUAG